CAUUUGUGAUUAUUCGAAAGUUGCGAUGCAUUUGUUGGGUGUAUAUUCUCUCUUUUUUCGCUCCGGAGGUGUGUUCUUGUCUUACCUUGUGUAUGGUAUUUACCAAGAAAAAAUCACAAAAACCAAGUAUGGUCCUGGAAUGGAGUUAUUUGAUUUUUAUUUCUCUCUGUUGCUUUUCCAGUGCAUAAUAAAUUUCAUAUUUUCACGAAUAGCUCUCUGGUUUUGGCCAGAGUUAUCAGUUCCUUCCUUGCAGCAUAAGUUUGGCAUUUGUGGCUUUAGUUAUAUUACCGCAAUGUACACAAGUAACACAAGUCUUAAGUAUGUUACUUAUCCUACCCAGGUGAUAGGAAAAUCCAUCAAACCAAUUCCUGUGAUGCUUCUGAGUGUAUUGCUAGCCAAGCGGAGUUAUCCUUUGCAGAAAUACAUUUUUGUGACAAUGAUUUCGUUCGGUGUAGCAUUCUUCAUGCUCAGGGGGCAUUCAGCAGGAAAUUCCGCAAGCGAAUUCGGCUUUGGAGAGUGUCUCUUGAUAUCUUCGUUACUUCUCGAUGGUGUUACUGGCGGAGUCCAAGAAGACCUUAGAAAACACAAUGUCGGUUCCUACACUCUAAUGAUGCAUAUGAACUUUUGGUCUAUCAUCUAUUUAGUUCCAGUGACUGUGUUCUCUGGAGAAGUUUCGCCGUUUAUGGAAUUUAUCAAACGCCAUCCACAUAUUCUUUAUGAUAUGAGUAUUUUUGGCUUGACAAGUGCUGUUGGCCAGAUAUUUCUAUUUGGUUUGAUCACAAACUUCAGCCCAUUAACUUGUUCAAUUGUGACUACAACAAGAAAAUUUUUCACAGUUCUCUUCUCAAUUAUUGUCUUUGGUCAUAGUAUGACAACAUGCCAGUGGAUAGGGACGGUAUUAAUAUUUUCUGGCUUAUUACUUGAUCAGAUCUAUGGUAAAACACGUCCUAAACGGUCGUCCAACAACACAAAUAACAUCAAUGGGACAGUGAAUUCAGUUAAGAGUCAUAGAGAAUUAGGAAAGAAAAGUGAAUAAUAUGUUGCUUAUGCAAAAAUAUCAGAAUGUAACAAAUAUAUGAUUUUUCUUUUUAUAUUGAAUCCAAUUUAAUUGUUAUGUCUUCUUGUUAUAUAUUUUUUACUUUUGAAAUCCUAACUGAAUCUACGAUACAUUCGGUCACUAUUAGGAAUGGGUUCAGUUAGUGAAUAAUAUGAUAUUUAAAAUUAAUGAUCACCAGGGAGGACUAAGGAGAGACAUUAGUAUUUGUUUUGAAGCACUUUCAUGAGAUUAAAUCAUAUACUUAAGCAUAUUUUGACACAGGUAGAUUACACAUUUUCAUCAUUCAUCACUAAAAAGAGUCAAUAGAUAUAUGUUGCUUCUUUUGGAGCAUAUAAAUGAACUUCACUCACGUUCUAAUACGACUAGGUGCUUGUCUACCCUAGCCUGACAAUGAGACUGCAAAAUAUAUCUUUGGAGAGCUGGGUAGGCACUUAGUCGACCAUGAAGAGAACGUUCAUUCCUAUGUAGCCUGGGAUAAUCUGCAGCCUGCUGCAAAACUGGCAGUGAGCUCUGCUAGUAAUGUUUAACAAUGGACAGUGGUUUUCAAAAGUCUUUAGCAAAUUGAUUGAUACGUGGAAAUUCAUUACUAGAAGGUUCGAACGCAAUAAAAAACGAAAGAGACGUAAAUGCAAAUCAAUAAGAAGGUUAAGCAUACGUCGUGCGCAGUGGGAGGCAAAAAAAAGUAAAAAAAUGGAAUAUGAAAUGACGAUGGAUAACACAAGUCAACUGUUGAGAUUAUUCGGUCAAAAAGUCAGCUACUAGUGAAAAUCCCUGAAGAAACAAAAUUAUAGUCUAGUCUUGGAUCACAUGACUAAAGCGAUUGAAGGGAUAGUUUAUAGAACUGUCAAAAUGGUCUAAUUGUUCACUACCCAUCAAAAGUCUAAAUGAAAGACGUACAUUGGGUUUCUAAGCCCAUACAAGGUUAAAGAGGCCAUAGCUAACCUGAGAUGAGCAGAUACAAGCCAGGUCCUUAUGGUUUAGCCCUGGAAAUAUUUAGGGUCCUUAAUGGUCUGACUGGUAAAAUAGCUAGUUUGUUAUAUAGAAAUAAUUCUAUCAGAUUAGUCUCGAUCCGUGAUUGACAAACUUGCUCUUUUAUCUACAUAGAUGUUUCGAACAGCCGAAACCUAAAUGGGACAAUUUCAUUGUCUGUGUACUGAUCCAACAAAUUGUAGAUGAGCACUUAAUCUAUGUUUUGCUAUUUCUUCCCACCAUUUUACGUUUUUUUGUAAAGUAUAGAUGUUUUAUGAAUAAUUCUUUAUGCUACUUAGUUAUGUCUACUAGCUAUUUUGGAUCAGUAGUAUAAAAACAGAUGAUUUAAUAACUAGCUUUGGCGUGUACUACUGAUGUCGGCAGUUAUAAGUAGUAUGUAUCAUCAAUCGAAAAUUAAAUGCCUGGCAUCAGAAGGUUGAGAUCGAAGAAAAGUGAAUAAGAACAGAGAAUGAUUGGUGUGGAAGCGAAAGAACAACGAAGUCUGUGACAAUUGAUGAACAUUUUGCAAAUGAAGUAUUUACUGUAUAGUUCUCAGAUUUUACUGAGACGUUCUGUAAUUUUGCAUUCACAUACAUUCGAUUGUCCCCA